UUAACAAAAAUUAACAAAAUGUACCAAAAAAAGAGGCACAAAUGAAGGUUUUGAAUUUGAAAUGGAAAUAAUUUCUCUUCUUCAACAAAUUAACACAAUUGUGAUCGAGAUUCCAGAAUCUGUUUCACUCUUCUAAUAUAUCAUCGGAAGAGAUAAGGCUCAUAACGAUCCCAAACAAUGUCGUCAGCGGACAUUGUUGCCGGAAUAUUAGACAACUCGAAAGAAGUCGAUCGGUUGAGGAAAGAGCUGGAUGAGCUCCAGAGGUGGUUGAAAAACCUGAUGUUAUACACUCAAGCAAAAGAGCUCUCGGAGACUGAAGCCAGCGUUGCAACACAAUUAUUAGGACAAUUGGAUGCUUUAUUGCUUACGGGUACUCCUGGGCAACAUCGAAGAAAGAUAGAAGGUGGUGAACAGAAAAAGAAAAGAAUAAAAGGCGAUCCCGAUGUCCUGAGAUUGUCUCCUUCUACGCGAAGUCAUCUUGAGUCUCUUGCAAAUAUGAAGGGAGAGCAAGUGGCAGCAAGGGUCAGUCAAGAGGACGCUGGAAGGGACGAGUGGUUUGUGGUUAAAGUAAUAAAUUUUGACAAGGAGGCACGAGAGUUUGAAGUCCUCGAUGAGGAACCAGGGGACGACGAGGAGGGUGGGGGCCAGAGAAAAUACAAGCUGCCUAUGUCACAUAUUAUACCUUUUCCAAAGCGGACGGAUCUGUCCAGUGUCCAAGAUUUUCCACCUGGAAAACAUGUUUUGGCGGUAUAUCCAGAAACGACUGCCCUGUACAAAGCCACAGUUGUCCAAGCUAGAAAGUUGAUACUUGGCAGCAUACAUGUCAACGUAGACUGUAGCUGCCUCAGAAAGAUUUGUCCUGUGCUUCACAAUUUCAUCCUUGAGAACUUUGCUCAACUGCUGAACAACAUCGUUUGGGUCCUUGAGACAGCCAAUGUCAUCAACAGACCCUGGCGGCGCACA